UGUUGUUGACAUGUCCAACGUUUUGACGUGUAUGAUCAGCUGUCAAAGAACCUGCAGAGAACUUCUUGUUUUACAUUUAGCUAAUAAUGAGAAGGAAAAAACAGUGAAUGUUCAGUGAAUAUUAUAUUUGAACAUACGUGUCUUUAUAUGUUAACGGAAGGAACAAUUAUAAAUAACAAAAAUGGUGUUAAUGACAAUGAUCGCCAGGGUUGUCGACGGCCUGCCUCUGGCCGCUACCAUGCAGGAGGACGAGCAGAGCGGGUGCAAUGUUCUCGAGUACCAGAAUCAGGCUAAAAUGCUGUUUAGAAAACUAGGUCCACAGUCGCCGAUGCGAUGCUCCAUCGAAACUGGACCUUAUCUCUUCCACUAUUUGAUUGAAAACGAUAUUUGUUACUUGGUGCUUUGUGAGAGGAACUACAGCAAAAGACUUGCAUUUGCAUACUUAGAAGAAAUUGCACAAGAAUUCUUUCAACAGUACGGAAAAAGGGUGAAUACGGUAACUCGUCCGUACACAUUCAUCGAAUUCGACACGUGGAUGCAGCGCACACGGCGGCAGUACGCCGAGGGCGGCGCACGCGCUCGACGCGCCGGCGCCGCCGCGCAGCUCGGCGGACAACUCGGCGACGUGCAGCGCAUCAUGAUGCAAAACAUUGACGAUGUACUGCAGAGAGGAGCUAUUCUUUCAGAGCUGGAUACAAAGACACAGAACUUGUCUAUGAUGUCUCAGAAGUACAAGAAGGAUGCGACGUACCUCAACACCAAGUCGAUGCUGGUAAAGGCGACGGCCGGCGCAGUCAUUCUCCUCGUCUUUGUCCUUUACUUCUGGGUACUCUAGUUGCUAAGAUAUUGUGAUAUCGGUGAUCCAAAAUGUAGAUUUCGCGUCUUCUCAUGAGACAAUGGCGUUUUUGGCAGUACUUUUAUUAGAAAAUUUAAAAAUAGAAUGACAUGUAGAGUUGCUGUUGAACUUAUACCAUUGUCAAAAACGUCAUUUUUCUUAAAGCCUUCGUUCGGACGAAUUACACGCGAAAACUUGUAGACAAUGAAAACAACAAUUGAUAAUAUUGUUAUGAAUAAGUAUCCAGAAUGUUUUGAAUGUAUUCCUUCGUACCUUGCAUACUAUAUCAUAUUAUUUUUACCUGAAGUUUUAAGAUAUGAAAAUUCCAUGUGACAUUCGAAGAGUUCUGCGUGAGACAGAAUACUGGAAUUAUGAAUCUAUUUACUACUCAAAUCACGAGUUGGAUUCAAAUUCGAAACUAAUAAGCCAAAAUGAUGUGUCAGUUACUCUUAGUAGUCAGGAAAAAAGAUUUACUAAUUUAUAAAUGUCGGAAUUAUUUGCGCGUAAUUCGUUCCAUACAUAAAAGGCUUAGUUAAAAUUGCUUUUGUAUUGUUGAAUGAUAUAAGAAAUAUUAUUUUGUAAAACUUAAAAUGUAUAUUGAGACUAUCGA